AUGGCCAACCCUCCGCUCGACUCGUCCGAUUAUGCGGCACCCUCGCCGGCCCUCGACUCGAUGAUCGAAGCCCGCUCACAUCCUACCUACACCCCGAAACACGAAGACUCGCCAGCUCCUUCGCGCUCAACAUCCCCCGGCCCGGAUUCGGUCGUCACGGACACCAUCGACAAUAAUGGGGCCUCCAUGACCGCCGGACGGAAGCGCAAGCUGAACAGCUCGUCAUCACGAGGUGUCGCCAACCUCACCCCGGAUCAAUUGGCGAAGAAGCGUGCCAAUGAUCGCCAGGCGCAGCGCGCAAUCCGUGAGCGAACUAAGGGACAUAUCGAAGCUCUGGAGCAGCAGGUUCGUGACCUCUCGUCGCAGAAGCCCUUCCUCGACCUACAGGCUGCUAUCCAGCACAAUGAGCGCAUUCGUCAAGCUGCGGCCGCGGCGGACAGGUUAUAUGCCGAAUCCAUUGCUAGCGUUGACACACCUUCGCCCAUACGAUCGACUUCCGCCCCAGGAAGUCGCCGCAACAGUCACAAUGGAGGACUCCAAGCCUCUUCAUUUCGCAAUGUGCUGGAUUCUCAGCGCCAUCACAUUUCCCAUGGGCUAGACUUUGGUGUGGAGGAACGACUGGGCUUCAACUUCCUCUUGGACCCUUCUCAGAAUGUGCCCAAGCUCGACCGUCUGCGUCGCAGCAGCUCUGAAAACCUCCGCAGCUCUCAUCCAACACCACCUUCACCACUUUAUUUGCAACCAUUGUGCUACCCAUCUGACCGGGCGCCAACUGCAUUUGCUACUCCCAUCAAAAAUACCGGGCCUGUAUGUCCGCUGGACAGUAUCCUGCUAGACUUCCUUCAUAACCGGCAACGCGAGGCGGCGCAAGGAAUACCCCGCCAGAAGCUCGUGGGCCCGCCAUACCCGAGCGUCUCUUCACUAUUGAACCCCGAGAAGAGUGCAAACUCACACCCGGUGUCAAAGGUGUUCACGGACAUCCUUCACACAUUCCCUGAUAUCGCGUCAUUACCAGAGCAAGUUGCCGUGCUCUACACCAUGUUCCUCCUCAUGCGGUGGCAGAUCUACCCUACGCAAGAGAACUACGACCGACUUCCAGAAUGGCUCACGCCGCGUCCUACACAACUUCUCCAGGCGCAUCCAGCCUGGAUCGACUAUAUAGCUUGGCCGCGGAUGCGUGAUCGGCUUGUUACGUCCUACCAAAACUAUCCGUUCGAAAAUUGGUUCAUCCCCUUCACACGCGGCUUGUCAGUCAACUGGCCAUAUGAAGCCACCGACUGCUUGCUGUCAGCCGGCGACUCGGACGAGCUACUCAUUAACCCUGUAUUUGAGCGGCACAUGCGGAAUAUUUUCAACUGGUCUCUGGGCCCGUUGUUCGCAGAGAGCUAUCCCAAUUUGGUCGAUACAACGCGAAUAGUACCUGAGCCAACAUAG